AUGCUAUUGUACCUAUUUCAGAAAAACGCUAAAUAUGACUGUGCGACGUGUGUUGCUUGGACUGAUCACUUUAUGACAAACAAUUCGAGCGUGACAAAACCAACCAUGACGGAGACUCUCGAUCCCCUAUCUCCAAGCACUAACAGCUUUGGCAGAACAGGUGUUAUGACCAAACUCAGGAUGAGGUUUGGAAGGGCACCUGUAAGCAGACCAGCCGGAGAUGGAUAUGUGGAGUUCGGCGAGUUCCGCUCCGAGCGGGCGGGCGUCAAGAAGGUGGGCACCUUCGCCGGGGUCUUCUGCCCCGUCGUGCUCUCCAUGUUCAGCGCACUCGUCUUCAUUCGGAUGGGCUACCUGGUGGGUAACGCGGGGCUGCUGGUGACACUGGGCCAGUUUGCUCUGGCGUACCUCAUCGUGGUGUUCACCGUCACCUCCAUCUGCGCCAUUUGCACCAACGGAGCCGUCGAGGGCGGCGGCGUUUACUUCAUGAUCAGCCGCACGCUGGGCCCGGAGUGCGGGGGGGCGGUGGGCUCGCUGUUCUUCUUCGCCAACGUCGUCUCCAGCGCGCUCUGCAUCUCGGCCUGCACCGAGGCGCUCGUCGAGAACUUUGGACCCAACGGGUACCUGGUGGGGUCGAACCCGGGCAUCCCGGACGGGUGGUGGUACCGCUUCCUGUACCGGACGAUCCUGAAUGCCAUCGGACUGGGCGUAUCGCUGGCGGGAGCGUCGCUGUUCGCACGCACCAGCCUCGCCAUUUGGGUCACCAUUCUCAUCUGUUUGAGUAGCGCACUAAUCAGCUUCUUCGUCACUCCACCAGCCAAGAUCGACAGCCCGGACACCAACCGCCUGGUGAACACGACAGCGUUCAACUACACGGGGCUGAGCUCGGCCACGCUCUACGAGAAUCUGUUCCCGUCGUACGCGCACGACUACACCGCGGACGGCCAGCUCGUCGACUUCGCCUCCGUCUUCGGCGUGCUCUUCACCGGCGUCACCGGCGUCAUGGCCGGCGCCAACAUGAGCGGCGAGUUGAAGAACCCGUCCCGCAGCAUCCCGUGGGGCACGCUGAGCGCGCUGGUGUUCACGGCGCUGUGGUACGUGGCGCUGAGCGUGCUCACCGCCGCCACGUGCUCGCGCGAACUGCUGCAGAACAACUACGUGUACCUGCUGCCCAUCAACGUGUGGCCGCCCUUCAUUGCCGUCGGUAUGUUGAUGGCCACUUUCUCCGCUGGACUGUCCAACUUGAUCGGAGCUUCCAGAGUGUUGGAAGCUUUAGCCAAGGAUAAUAUAUUCGGGUCCCUGCUGCGACCGAUGGUGUCUCGCAGUUCGAACCCGGUGCUGGCGGUGUUGACGUCAUGGCUGCUGGUGCAGAUAGGCAUCAUGGCGGACUCACUGAACGCCAUCGCACAGGUCAACUCCGUGCUGUUCAUGACCAGCUACCUCGCCAUCAACCUCUCCUGUCUCGGGUUGGACCUCGCCUCCGCGCCCAACUUCAGGCCGACGUUCAAGCAGUUCUCGUGGGUGACGUCGCUGCUGGGGUUCGCGGGGUGCGUGGCGCUGAUGUUCGGGCUGCGCGCGCUCUACGCGUGCGGCGCGGCGCUGGCGUGCGGCGCGCUCGUCGUGGCGCUGCACCUGCUCUCGCCCGCCGCCGCCGACCCCACCUGGGGCAGCCUCAGCCAGGCGCUCAUCUUCCACCAGGUGCGCAAGUACCUCCUGCUGCUGGACCCGCGGCGCGAGCACGUCAAGUUCUGGCGCCCGCAGAUGCUGCUGCUGGUCGCCUCGCCGAGACACUCCGCCCCGCUCAUCGACUUCGUCAACGAUCAGAAAAAGGGCGGGCUGUUCGUGGUGGGGCACGUGCGCGUGGGCGAGCUGUGCGGCGCGGGAGACCCGCUGGCCGACGAGCACAAGUACUGGCUCAAGCUCAUCGACCAUCUCAAGGUGAAGGCGUUCGUGGAGCUGAGCCUGGCGCGGUCGGUGCGCGAGGGGGCGGCGCAGCUGGCGCGGCUGGCGGGGCUCGGCGCCAUGAAGCCCGACACCGUGCUGCUGGGCUUCCGCGACGCCGCGCCGCCCAGGGACUUCUUCAGGGACCCGGUGUCCCCGUACAAGACGGAGCAGUUCGACCUGGAGUGCGGGGAGGUGAUCUUCCCCCCGCGCGGUCCCCUGGGGGCGCGCCUCUCCGCCGCGGAGUACGUGCGCAUCGUGUCCGACGUGCUGUGCGUCAACAAGAACGUUUGCCUGUGUCGACACUUCCAUCGGCUCGACAUGGCCGCCGUCGAACGGAGGUGUCCGUCGCUGAAGUACAUCGACGUGUGGCUGGUGGAGCUGAUGGCGCCGAGCUGCGAGGAGCCGUUCACGGUGCGCGGGCUGUUCGCGCUGCAGCUGGCGGCCGUCGUGCGCUCGGCGCGCGGCUGGCAGCACCUCGCGCUGCGCCUGCGCGCCGUGGCCGGGCCCGCCGCGCCCCCCCCCGCCCUGCUCGGUAACCUGCCCCCGCCACUCGCGCCGGCCUCGCUCUCGUCGCCGUCGAUCAACGCUCGUUUAUUAUUGUUUACAGAAGCAGGUCGGACGGUGACCCUGGGGCCUCCCGCCCUGGCCGGCCUGGCGCCCGCCGCGCCCUACGCGCUGGGGGAGCGCCUCGAGCGAUUGACUAAGCUGCUGCGGAUCAACGCCACCACACACAUAGUGAACGAGUGGCCCGAUCCGCAGGAGUUCAGCCGCCGCGGUAGCGACGAGGGACGCGACACCUACCAGAAUGUAUCGCUCGAUUACCUUCAAGUAGUGAACAGCAUCAUCAAGCGCAGCUCGGAGGCGACGGCCGUGACGUUCGUGCAGCUGCCGAGCCCCCCCCCACUGUCGCCCCAGGGCUCGCCCAGCGACGACCUUGUCUGCGAACAGUACCUCAAGGUGCUGGACGAGUUCACGAAGGAGCUGCCGCCCACCAUCCUGGUGCGGGGCCUCAAGUCCGUCACCUCCACCUCGCUCUAA